AUGUCAUCUCAGACGCCAAAGAUCCUGUUGCUGGGUGCAACUGGCUAUAUCGGUGGCAGCGUUCUCCAUCAUUUGCUUUGCCAUCCUUUCCUGACGUCAGUCAUCACCAGUACCAACCCGAUCACAACUCCCAUUCGCGGCAGCCCGGACCGACUCGCAAAGCUUACAGAAAACUAUGGAUCGCGUGUGAAUCCCACCCUUAUUUCCAGUCUUGACGAUGUAGAUGCGAUCACCGAGAUCGCCUCCAAGCACGAUAUCGUCAUCAACGCUGGGUCAGGCUUCCACCCGCCUUCCGCCGAGGGAGUUGUUCUUGGUCUCGCGAAGCGGAAAGCUGAGACCGCUGCACCGGUUUGGGUCAUUCACACGUCAGGCUGCUCCAAUAUCUCCGAUAAUCCCGUGACGGGCGUGGGACGCCCGAAUGUGGAAUAUGACGACGCCAAUGCCGACGAAGUCUUCGCUUUCGAAGAGGCGGAGAACAAGAAUGAAUGGUACGCCCAGCGCGCUUCAGAACUCAUCGUCCUUCGCACAGGAGAUGAUCUGAACGUGAAUGCAGCUGGCUUGAUGAUUCCCCUGACGAUGGCUUUCGUGCUUGAACAAGGUUACGCCUUCAGCUGUGGUAACGGCACAGGGGUGUUUGACUGGGUGCAUAUUGCGGAUUUGGCAGAUCUUUACGUGCUUUGCGUACUCAACAUCAUCCAAACUGGAGGAGAAAAUAUCCCUACCGGCAGAAGGGGUAUUAUCUUCCCAGCCGUUGGAAGAGCUUUGGCAACAGAUGUGGCGAAGAAGUGCCUCGAUCUUGCAUUCGCGAAUGGUAAUCUCCCCAAGGAGGGCACACCGCAGGCAAAAGAGACCCAUCAGCUUAGUAUUGAGGAUGCAGCAGCGAAAUUGGCUGCAGGUAACAUUGCCGUAACGGAAAAGACGUAUGCCGGACACCGAAAGAUGAAGGGAACUAUUGCAAGACGGAAUUUGGGGUGGAAGCCAAGACAUCUGAAAGACGCGUGGGAGAUGGACUUUGAUACGGAGCUUCGAGCUGCUUUGAAUGGCCAGAGGAUGUCUACUGUUGCAUCGUGUCUCGCCGCAGCAAAGUAA